CGGCUUAUCCGAGAUAUAUGACAAUACCCUCAAAUUAAAGUUGACAGUCUGCACUUCAACCCCAUUGUAUCCCUUAAAACUCAAUGUGCUAGAGUACAGAACCAAAAUAACAAAACAUUUUGGUUCUGCACUCUAGCCUCCGCACCCGUGGGAGAGAAAGCUAAGCUCCGCCCCUGGUGCUCAAUGUGUUUGUUCACAAUGUUAAAAAACGCCCGGCCUGAUUUUCCACUGAAAACCCGAAUUUCCUUUUGUCGAGCAUGCUCUGAAGGGUGUAACCGCGUAACUGUAUUUUGUGUGGCCAUGUUAUUUAGUGUGACUUCGCAUCGAUCUAAUACAACGCAAAUAUAAAACUACUCGGGGAAAAUCAUUUUAUAAACAAAUAUUACAUUUCGCGUCGCCGCCACUGCAGUCCAUACGGAAAGUGGAGUAAAAAGUCGCAAGAGUUCAACUCUAGCCUUGACGAGUUGAGUCAAGGAAGCCGUAGAGCCGGAGCGAAACAAAGCGGUGAGUGUUAAUGGAAAAACGAUGCACUACUAUCGUUACGAAAAUGCAGAGGUCAGCUGCUGCUAUAAGUACCUCAUGUUCAGCUACAACAUUAUAUUUUGGCUGGCUGGAGCAGCAUUCAUUGCCAUUGGUUUCUGGGCCUGGAGUGAGAAGGGGGUGCUGUUGGACCUGACCCAGGUGACACGGCAGCAUGGCUUUGACCCUGUGUGGCUGGUGCUGGCUGUGGGAGCCAUUACUUUCAUUCUGGGCUUUGCCGGAUGUGUAGGGGCACUCAGGGAGAACAUUUGCCUCCUCAAAUUUUUCUCAGGGAUAAUCGGAUUCAUCUUCUUCCUGGAAUUGACAGCAGCUGUGCUGGCGUUCGUUUUCCAGGACAAUGUCAGGGAUUGGAUCAAUGAGUUCUUCCUGGCCAACAUCAAGGCCUACAGAGAGGACAUCGACCUACAGAACCUUAUUGACUCCCUGCAAAAGCUGAACCACUGCUGCGGAGCCAAGGACCCUGAUGACUGGGACUUAAAUGUCUACUUUAACUGCACCGACAACAAUCCCAGCCGAGAGAGGUGUGGGGUGCCCUUCUCCUGCUGCCUCAGUGACCCUGCAGACACAGUUUUGAACACCCAGUGUGGCUAUGAUGUCCGUAAAGUUGGGAAGGGAGACUGGAGCAACUUUAUUUACGUCAAGGGCUGCAUCCCAGCCUUGGAGGAGUGGCUGCCUCGGAAUAUCUACAUAGUGGCUGGAGUGUUCAUUGUAAUAUCUCUACUUCAGAUGGUGGGCAUCUUCUUGGCUCGGACACUUAUUGGUGAUAUUGAAAAGGUCAAGUUUAACUACUAUUGAGGAGUGUGUAUUGCGUAGGAGAUGGUACAGAGAGAAAGUUCCCACCAACUUUUCCUUCAGUUUGAUCUCCCUUUUCUGAGGUCUUCUGGGAAGGGAAAAGAGAAGAAGACAAGAAUACUUCUACCACAUCCAAGGCUUGUUAUCUUCGAACUCUUCUUUCAGUCUCUGGAGAACGAUACCGCUGCCUAGUCUGCACAGUGGACAUGAAGCUGCCUUAUUCAACUAGAGACUCUGAUGUGCCUUUUACAGAUUAUUGCAGUCUGACUUUAAGGAAUCUCUUAAAUUAGCCCCUGGGUUUCCCUUUAACUAUGUUUUUGUACGUAGAUACUUCGUGUUUUUUUGCCUCAAACACUGAACGAUUUUCGUUUUCCUCAGCACAGCUUCUUAACCAAUAAAUCCAGGCAGAAUCCUGGGUGUAUACAUCAUACCUCAACAGUGAUCCCAAAACAAUAAUGAAGGUGUUGCAUCUUAUUGAAUGGGCUGUUCUGUGCAGCCUUCCAUUAAUCCGCUGUUGUAAAGUAAGAUAGGGCUAACAGUCUACCGUUUCAUUGCAGCUGUAAUAACUAGGAUGAGAUUUAAUUCUAGAUCUCAAACUGAACCAACAGAUCCCUGCACUGUGUUGUAACAGACUGGAACCGUCAUUGUGUUUUACAGCUCAGUGAAACGUAAAAAAUUUAGUUUGAUGUUUAAACCACUAGAAUCUGGAAAGUCUCCAGCCAAUGAAGCGCAUGUGCAUAGCUGAACCGUAAACAUAUGGGUUUGUCUUGUCUCACGUAACUUAAAAGUUCAUUCCACAAUGUGUUGUGCAUCAUAUGUUACUGAGCAUAUGUUGAGUAUUGAUCAUUUGGAUGCAUACAACUUGCAUUAAGGGAAACAGAACUGUGGAUGGUGUCUGUAGGUUAUUUAAAUAUUUUGUUAGAAGAUCCCCUGAAUGAAUUAAGUUGUAAGCUAAUUCCCUUAGAGUAGCUAAGUUUGAUUAUUUUGUUGUGAUGACAACAGAAAAGGAAGUUUUGCCAGGUGCAGGUAGGGGAGACAGCCAGAGCCGAGUUUCAAACCCCCCCAACAGAUAGCUAGAGCAGCAAGGGCAUUUCGAGGUACAGGUGAGUUCUGAUCAUAUCCCUUCAAGCUGGUGUCUGUGAUGUGGUCACCUCACUAGAACCAUCUUUAUUUGUCGUUAUGGUGAAUGUGCAAAUUUUGCUUUUAUCAUCUUGAUGAUGACCUAUUUUCUUCACACAAACCCACCCACCACUACAGCCGUUGUUCUCCAUGAAAGUGUUAUCGGAUGUGGCUGCUCAAUGAUCGUUACAGGAGAAUGGAUACAAUUAGGAUUGUAUGGGAUGGGAAGUCUAAACGCCUAACACACCAGCAGUGUCUGUUUUCUCCAUCUAGCCUACACAUUUCAACAUACCUGGCCCCCAACCAAGUGACCUCUCACUGUAGAAUGAGCACAUACAUCCUGUAACAUUGCUCAAAGAGGGGUUUGUCGGCUGUUAAGUGCAAGUGUCUACUUACAUUGAGCUUUCUUGAACUCGAUCCUAAUGAAAGAUACCCUGCUUAUCUUUGUUAUGGGUAUUCAGCUGAUGAAUGCUUUUGUUAUUAUGGGUAUACAGCUUAUGAAUGCUAGAGUUGAGCUACAUAUCAUACAUGAUCAAAUAAGCAAAUACAUGCAAUUACCUAGUUUCCAUCCGCAGUUUUUAUGCAAGUAAUAACAAAACAGAGGUGUGAUGGAAAAGGGACAUUUCUGUAAAAUAUGAUUAUUAUCAAAAGGUUUUUAAUUAACAUGGUGAGGUUUUUUGAUGUAUAAAAUUAUAAAAAUGCCUCUGGGUAUGCCUUUCAUGCACAACUAUGUAUAGAAUAGCUAUCUUAAUCAUGCAGUGAUUGUUUUUAGGUUCUCCACCAUUUAACAGGGAAGGUCCUAUCUUCAUUGGGUGCUGAAAGUGCACAGGGAUGAGCUUGAUGCUUAUUUACUUUAAUUAUCUUGAGUCUCAUCAGGACAUGCAUCACUGCCUUUUGACAAGUACAAAUAUUCAUGCUCUUAUCUUUAAUAGUCUCAUAAAGCCUAGUGCAGUCCACCCACAUCAUAUUUGUAUACUUGUGGCUUGUCUGCACUUCAUAACACACAAUUUGUGAACAGUAGAAGUGAAAAUGCAAUGAAAUUACUCAGACGUUAGGAUUUUAAUUUGGUACAUGAAAACACGCAAAAGGAGCUUAUGACAUGAUGUACUGCAUUUUAGCUGCAAAAAGUGAGCUUGGUGGAAACCCCACUGGUGGGUAAAUAAGCGUAUUUGUCUGCAGAUUUUCAGAUACUGGCAUGAGUAUGCAAGCCUUCAACUUCAUAUUUGAAUGUCAUGUAGUUUGACUUCCAUUUUGUGUGUUGUAUUUGUGUUACUGAUUUGUGAUCAUUUUUAACAAAAGGGACUUACAUAUGUAGAUCUGUUUUAAUUACAUUUUGUAAAUGUGAAUUUUCUUACUUCUGGGUAGGUUUUUAUAUGCAAUAAAGUAUGUAUGUCCAUUUGUUAAAAUUCUGUGUUAUUGGUGAUCACAGAUGACAAUGUAAUUUAGUAAUGCUUGCUUCACAAGGUGGUCCUUUUGGUAUUUUGUUUGUGUAGUUUCUCUGAUGUAGUAUAAUGUAGUGUAAUAAAAAUUCCCUUUUAUUUGCUAAGUAAAUUUACAUAUAUUCAGAAUUGUACUUGUUACACAGUAGCGGAAGCUGUGUUGUCUGUGUAUCUACCCUAGAAAGUGAAAAGGACCAUCCAUGGGCAUAUUGAAAUGUUUUAAUUUAAUGGGACUGAAAGAUUCAUGCCAAAUGUAAUGUCUUAUGUUUUUGCCAAAAUGAUCGCAAACUGAAAGCUUUCAGACAUUUUGUGAACAUAUUAAGAUAUAGCUAGCAAUCUAUAUACCAACUCAUUUGAUUUCUUAAUGUGGUACUGUGUGCGCAACCAUAGCAUAAAAGUGCCUGUUAAUGCCUGUCAAUGCAUGUGUUGUGAAAAACUGUCAAAUGUUGCUCUGUACACUUAUAUUUUGUAAGAAAUAUAGCUGCAAGCAGCAAUAUGCGGGUUCCAGCCUUUGCAGCAUAAAACAGGAAAGCUUGAAAAAAACUACAUACAUAACACAGGACCGUGUGGCAAGACAGGGGCAAAAGUAUCAAAUGUGGCAGCUUUCAACAGGCUGUUGCUAGGCAGCCAUGCAACGGACGUAUCCCAUCAUGACAUUUGUGGAAAUCUGCAUGUAUACACGGUUUGGUUGUCUCGAAGCAGAACGAGUUCAAAUCUAUUCUGUUCAAAUCUAGAAGAUUAAUAACAAGCUGUUGCUAGGCAAUAAUGCAAUGGAUCCAUCCCAUGACGUGUGUGGAAAUUGUUCCCAUUAUCUAAAGGUGCACAUGUUUUAGAGAGAUUUCACCUAACAACAACAACAGAUAUAACCAUCCAAAAUCGGGAAGAAUAACAUAAUGCCACUAACAGGCCAAAUGAUUUGGCACAUGGCCUGACAUCUUCAGGAAGGGGAUGGUUGGGUGUGUGUGACUUUGCAUGGCAGUAGGAAAUUGUUUUCAUGAUGUUGGUGUAUCAGAAGCCACAAAAGAUAAAAAUGAUAGUAUUUGAUAGGCCUGCCUAUUGUUGCUUCACAAAUGAUCUAGAGGACAGUAUAAAGUACACGCAUACAAACCUACAAGUGAGUUUGACCAACGGUUCAUGAGAAGUUUUAAGGUUUUUCACAAAUUUCUAAAUGAUGGCAACUUAUGGAUCCUUGAGGCAAAAUUGUUCUUGAGCAACUGGACCUCCCAAUUGCUCAUGAAGAAGUUUCAACAUUCCGGGUGUUAUACGGUGAUGGGGCAGAAUUUCGAAAUGUGUCAGUGUUUGACAAGCUGUUGCUAGGCAACCGUGCCACAGAUCCAUCCUACAGUUUUAUAUAUGGAAAUUGUUCCCAUUAUCUAAAUGUGUACAACGUUUGGUGAGUUUUCACCAGAGCAAUAGUUAUGGGUUCAAAAUCUGGAAUAAUAGUAAAAAUAUAAACCAGCACAAAUACAAUAGCUUUCCUGCAGCUUCGCCGCCGCAACCCCAAAUAUAUUUUGUUGCUGAACAAAGGGAUACAACGACUACCGCUUUUUGAGGUGUACGGAGGAUUCCGUUAAUGAAUAGUAUUUAGCAGCUUUACAAUACAAAUUAGUUAUAAAAAAGAGUAAUGACACAGGGAAAUAUAACAAAUAUUGGGCUACUGUCGAUUUGGCUCUUAAAUCAAACUUUUGCUGCCAUAAUUACAAUGUAUAAUGUAUGACAAUGAUAUUCCCAAAUCACCUUUGACAAGGAUAGCCUUGAUCAUGUGGUGUUGAAGUGGUCUACAAUUUUGCCUGUUAAGUAUCAUUGGACACAUUGACUGUUCGUUGACUGAUUCAUGUAUUACAGGUAAAAAUGACUUAAUUUCAAUUUUCUGAAGAACUGAAAUGUGAUACCAUAAUUUAGUAACAUCUCUGUGUUUACACAGCCAUCUGACCAGCUCCCUUUGCUGCCAUCGUGAUGGCCCCCUGCAACCAUCCCUAAAAUAUGUAUUAUAAUCUAAUCCUUUUCUAUACUUCAUGUGUCAAUGUUACAUUGUACUUAUAGUGUAUGCCAUUUGUAUGUAAUUUGUAAUGUGUUUCUUUUUCAUUUUCUGUAUAAGGUAAGGCAAGUCAUUGCUAUGUUGUGGAAUUAAUGCUGGGGAAUUGCUCCACCCACCUGGUGAAGCAGCUGUGAGAGAACCACAGUGAGGACUGGCUACAAUGUCUGUCUAGAUACCUGGUAGAGUGUUUAGACCAGCUGUCCAAGCCCUGACAGAGAAGUGUCCUCACAGCUUGAUUCUGCCACCACCACGCUUCAUGGUGGGGAUGCUGUUCUUAGGAUGAUGUGCAAAAAAACAAUAAAACUCACAACACAUCUCAGUUUGCCAGAA